GCCUGUUGCCGCUGUGUGUUGCUCUCCUUCCUGGUUAAAGACUUGCCUCCAGGCUGCCGACGUCGCCUCACAACCUCAGAGACCCCAGAAAGCCCGAGGAGUCCCACACUGCUGAAGAAUGCCAGUAGAUCUUUACACUGCUGAGGAUUAAAGCGCUCCAGAGUGUCCCCUUUUUUUGCAAAUGGCUUGCUGCCUGAAGGACGAGCUCCUCUGUUCCAUCUGCCUGAGCAUCUACCAGGACCCAGUAAGCUUCGGCUGCGAGCAUUACUUCUGCCGCAAGUGCAUCACCGAGCACUGGAGCCGGCAGGAGCCCCACGGAGCGCGCGAUUGCCCCGAGUGCCGACGCACCUUCGCCGACCCACUGUUGUCCCCCAGCCUCAAGCUCUCCAACAUUGUGGAGCGCUACUCGGCAUUCCCCCUGGACGCCAUCCUCAACGCUCAGAGGAGCCCGUACCCCUGCAAGGACCACGAGAAGGUCAAGCUCUUCUGUCUCACCGACAAAAGCCUAGUGUGCUUCUUCUGUGACGAGCCGGCGCUUCACGAGCAGCACCAGGUCACCACUAUCGACGAGGCCUACGAGGAGAUCCAGAGGGAGAUGAAGGAGCAGCUGGCCACCCUGCAGGACAGCGAGAAGGGUCACACCGAGGCCUUGCAGCUCUUGCAGAGACAACUCACUGAGACCAAGUCCUCAGCCAAAGGUCUCCGCGCCACCAUCGGCGACGCCUUCGAGCGCCUCCAUCGCUUCCUGCGCGAGCGUCAGAAGUGCAUGCUGGAGGAGCUGGAGAUGGACACGGCGCGCAAGCUCACCGACAUCGAGCACAAGAUCCAGCGCUACAGCCAGCAGCUGCGCGACGUCAAGGAGGGCAUCCAGAUCCUGCAGGAGCGCCUCGACGAGACGGGGCGGCACGACUUCCUGGAGGGGGUGGCCGUCACGUCCGAUAGGAUUAAAGGGAAGAUUCAUGAGACCAAUCUGACCUAUGAAGACUUCCCCACAUCCAAGUACAUGGGACCCCUGCAGUACACCAUAUGGAAGUCCCUUUUCCAGGACAUCUCUCCAGUGCCCGCUGCGCUGACCCUUGACCCCAUCACGGCCCACCAAAGACUCAUCCUGUCAGACGACUGCACCAUCGUGGCCUACGGCAACCUGCACCCGCAGCCGCUGCAGGACUCGCCGCGCCGCUUUGACGUGGAGGUGUCGGUGCUGGGCGCCGAGGGCCUGGCGUCGGGCGUCCACUACUGGGAGGUGAUGGUGUCGGAGAAGACCCAGUGGAUGAUCGGCGUGGCCAGCGAGACGGUCAGUCGCAAGGGGAGCAUCCAGAUCCAGCCCGGCCGCGGCUUCUACUGCAUCGUCAUGCACGACGGCAACCAGUACAGCGCCUGCACCGAGCCGUGGACGCGCCUCAACGUCAAGAGCAAGCUGGAGAAGGUGGGCGUCUACCUGGACUACCCCAAGGGUCUCCUCAUCUUCUACAACGCCGACGACAUGUCCUGGCUCUACACCUACCGGGAGAAGUUCCCCGCCAAGGUCUUCCCUUACUUCAGUCCGGGUCAGAGCCACGCCAACGGCAAGAACGUGCAGCCGCUGCGAAUCAACACCGUGCGCCUUUAGGAGGCGGCCCGCCAAACAAAGAUGUCCGUUUUAACUUGUGAAGGUCCGCCGUUUGAUGGAGACAAAGGGGCGUCCCUCGGGAGGGGAUUUUGGGUUUCUCGUCCAACUUGAGUAACAAUUGAAGGUUCGACUGGUGUCAGCGUUUUCUGCACUUUUUGACUUUAGCCCACUCCCCCUGCUGGACACUUGGCGUCAUUACAAGGAUGCCACGCCCCCUGUGGUCGUAGUAACUUCCAUCCAUCCAUUUUCUGUACCCCUAUCCACCCCGGACUGGUCUCCAGCCAAUCACAGGGCAUCUCUACGGUAGUCACAUGUCUCCAAAAAAAAAACCAAUAAGAAUGCCCUGACUGAUAUUCGAACCCUCGAUCUCCUGACACGCUAACUACUUAAAAGAGCAAAUGAUUGAAGCCACAAGCUAUGCUGCUAUUGACAGAAAGGACACGGGUCUGUAUAGUCAUGUGACAAGAAAGGGCGCCCCCCAUGGGUUGUGGGAGACGCAUCCAUGGUCAAUGACUUACAGACAAUUAGGUGCAAAGACUUUGUUUUUCCAUGAAUGCGGGGUAGCGGCGAAGGUGUGGUGCACUUGCUGACCACUCCUGCGAGAUUUUCUCAUAUUUGUCUUCUCCUCGUGCCUCCAAGCAGCUUCAUCAGCACAUGUCCUGCAGAUUGUCCACUAAGAGCCUCUUGUCCAACAUGUUUGCCCCCUCCUCUCCAGUCCUGCAACAAGCCCAUCUGGACCUCCGUGCACGUCCUUGAGCCUUGCCAAAAAGCCUAAAUGACGACAUACUUCAUUCGUCCUUCCGCCGUGUUGCACCUUUUACUCGUCAGGACGAGCGUGUGAGUAAGAACAUUCCAAAUCUUUUCUUUGUGUGGUUGUUGUUUUUUUAAGUUACAGGGUUUCCGACGUACAAUCCACUGGUCUGCUUUAAAACCGACAUCCAGGUUGCUGCUUUCUGAUUGAAGCAAAGCAUUCUGGGACAGUUUUGUGUGUCAAUGGGCCAUUCCACUCAAACGCUGCCAUUUGUGUCCUCAGGAAAUUAAAUACAUGAAUGGCCUGUAAAAAAAGAUAUGUCCUCCAUGUUAUGAUUGCAAAUGUAACCAUUUAAAAUGUGAAUAAUAACAACCUUGAAAACUAACAUUAGUUGCCUGUCCCCACUUCCAAAAAAGAGACUAUCCAUGAACUACAGUAAUGUAAAUCCUUCAGAAAUCUUACUCCUCAUCCCAACUAUAAUUUUUCUUUAAAAAAAAAAAAAGAAAAUUCACCUUGUACUCAGUCCCAAACGCUGUUCCCGUAACGCAGGGGUGUCCAAACUACAUCUUCACUUUGGCCCACAAGACGUCCUGAGUGUUAACAAGGAACCUGGUAACUUUAUAUUUAUUUUUAAUAUCUGACCAUUUUAGUGCUACAAAUUGAGGACAACAUGAGUAUUUUAGUUCAAUGACCAUGAAUUGUGACUAGAAGUGAACAGAGCACAACAGUUACUUCAGUGACCCAAUCCAAACAACCUUCCCUAGUCAUGGCGCAAAAAGAAAAAUGCAACCAACACAAAAUGUCAACACUGGUGGUGACACAUAACAACCUGCUCACUGAACUUUGUGGAUAUUAUUAAAAAAACAUGCAACUUUUAAAAAAUGGUAAAUUACACACGCAUUGCAUGAUGGGAAAAUGCAAAAACACCCUCUCCACAUUCAUCCAUGUUUGUCGCAUUUUAGCUGCUUGAUAUUUCUGAUGGAGUACAAAAAAGGAGGUUGUCACGGACGUAAACAAGGUAGGAGUCGUACACUCAUUUAUUCUUAAUAUCCAAUUAUAUUAAUUAUAUAUCACUUAUAUUAAUAUGUACACAAGUAUCUAUAGGGUAUGUGUGUGCGCACGUGUAUAUACAUGUUCAUAUAUAUACAAAUAUAUGUAUACUUACAUACAUAUAUGCAUAUGAAUGUGUACAAGUGUGUGUG